AUGUCGCCCUCUCACUCACCUUAUCAGCUGGAAUGUCUCCUACAACCCACUAGUACAUUUUGCGGUCUUCAUCGUCCCUCACAUUCUCACUCCAAUUUAAAGAAAGACGCCGCCCAACAAGAUACUUCCGACGCACUUUCCACUACUUCCUCUAAAUUCCGCAAACAAUUAGUAGCAAAUGCACGACCUCUUCUCCUCCGCCGUCGCGAUACCUCAGAUACAACUCGAAGUCUUUCAAAUUUGAGUUCCAAAUCAAAGUCGAGUCUUCAAGAUAAAGAUAAACUCGGCAACCGCGACGAUUCACAUCCUUCAAUUUCAGUACCACCCGGUCGAAAUCUCAGAUUAAAAAAAUCACAACCACCUGGUUCGACUUCACCCAAUUUUUCCCUCCCACUCAAUAAUAAUAAUCCUUCACGUCCAUCUGCCGAUUUUCAAUGGGCGCGUGAAGAUCAAUUGAGUGUGAUAUUAGAAUAUUUGGAAGAAACUACACGUAGCGGAAGUACUCCCAAUUCAGAGACCACCGAUCCAUUAAAUCAUUCCAACAAUUCCAAUUCAGCAACUCCGCUCGCAUUACCGCAACCUCCCCCACCUCUCGCAAUCCCCGAAACAAUACGAGAAAACUUGUCUCCGACACCUUCAUCAUCACCUCGCACUCCAAAAUUUAAUAAAAUCGGUGUUCGUGAACGCGCAAGCAAUUCGAAAAUUCCAAGUUAUUCUUUGUCGAGAACUCCUUCUACACCUUCGAAUCUCAAUACCGCCUUUACAAAUUCAUCAACACCUUCCAGACCCCAAAACCUGAUAAGAAGAAGUGAACAACGAAAUCUGGAGGAUAAAUUCAGAGAAAUAAGAGAAGGGUUGAGAGAUAAAGAUCGUGCGGAUCCAAUUGAUUUUUCAAGCAGCGCAUUGGGAAUCAGAAUGGCUAGCAGUAUUGGUAGUGAGAGGGGAACACCGGAGAUGGUACCAAGACCCAUUGCGCAUCCGCCAAAAGAUCUCGAAUCCAUAGCCCGCAUAGACUCCUCUCUAAUCUUCGAACAUUUCACCACGUCCGAUGCCUGGGUUCUCGGAUCCGCUCUUCGGGAGCGUCUCCUUCCUCACCCAACUCCAGUCGUUAUUUCCAUCUCCCUUUCAAAUGCCAAUCAAGUUCUUUUCCACUGCUGUACACAUUCUGGAACCAUGCCCGAUAACGAUUCUUGGGUUUCGCGAAAGAGAAAGACGGUUUUGAGAUGGGGUGUUUCAACAUGGUAUAUGUGGUGUAAAUUUGAAGGGGAUGAGAGUGCUUUUGCGCGCAAAUAUGGGUUGGGGAACGAAGCGGGAGAUUAUGCAAUUCAUGGAGGUGGAGUACCAAUUAGAGUUACGGGUGUGGAGGGAGUGGUAGCUUGUGUUGUUGUUAGUGGAUUGAAGCAGUGGGAGGAUCAUGGAGUUAUUGUCGAGGUUAUUAGGGAUUUGUAUUAUUGA